AUUGACGGCAUCAUCUCACUUUGAGUCUAUGAGAGAUUUUGUGGUUUGCGGUGAAGUGUGAUUAAGUGCAGAUACCUGUUGUUUUACACAGGCAAAAUUGCCUGUGGGCAGACGUCUAGUGGUUUCAAUGUCUGCGCUUUAUGUACGUGUUGCUGUAGUAAAUAUACGGGAGGGAGUAUUUGACGAAAUGCUAUCAGGAAUAUAAUGAGACGAUAAUGAUAACUUAUACAAGGCAGCUGCAUGCACGGUCUUACUGACGCAACUACUUGUUGAAUUUGGAUAAAAUUUGGCAAUAUGAAGUUUAAGUCAAUUAGAUUGCUGAAGCGGCAGAUUGACGAGAAGUGAUGUUGAAGUACAUCGAACGAACAAAAAAAUUAUAUCAUCAACACGUUGGUGGUCGGACUUGAACGCUUGGCGGGAUUAUUAUAAAGUGUGUGAUUGUUUAAAUUAUUUCUGUCUUUAAUGAGAUCGAUAUAAAUUAGAUAGCAUGUGCUCUAUUUUUAUAAUAUUAGUUUAUUUAACAUGUGAAAUAUGUAGAACAACAUCAAUUCCAACGACAGACAAUAAAAUUGAUCAACUUCAACAACAAACGGAUGAUUUAUUGAACCAACUGACGGAUUAUCAAACAGUUAUUCCUACACUAGUCGAUGAACAGGGACAUUUUUUAAGUUAUGAUGUUCGACAAGGAAACGUUCUUCGUAGAUCCAGAAGAAGUACUGCUUUCAGCCCAAAGAGUGAUAAUAGUUUGCACCAGUCCAACCCUGGAAAAUGGCGAGUUUUCUACAAAUUGUCUGCAUAUGGGAAAGAAUUCAACUUUAAUUUAACCCUUAACUUGAAACUUUUAUCAAAGAACUUUGUGGUGGAAAAUUGGUAUAAAAAAGGUGCAGAAAAACAUUUAGACACUUUGUAUGAUUGUCAUUAUACCGGGUAUAGUUCAGGACCGUACAGAUCACGUGCUGCUAUAAGUAAUUGUAUGGGUCUGCAUGGCGUGUUUAGUACGGAUGAUGAAGACUAUUUUGUGGAGCCAUUAUGGAAUACCACCAAUACUGUGGAAGAACAGGGCUACCCCCAUAUUGUUUAUUCACGAUCAUCAUUAAAGUUUAAAGAUAAAUUUCUACACUGUGGGGUUAAAGAUCAUAAUUUUGAAAAAAGACAAUGGUUAUACAACAAAUCACCUCACAUAUUUAAUGAAGUCAUCAAACCAAAGGGGAGAAAUCGUAACAGAUUCACUAGUAAAAAUAAAAGCAAGCGACGCCGACCCCGUUCUGUAAGCAGAAAAAGAAAUGUGGAGAUGUUGGUUGUAGCUGAUAAACGAAUGGUUGAUUAUCAUAAAUCAAAGGAAAUAGCUCCCUAUGUUUUAACUGUUAUGAAUAUUGUUGCCAAGCUUUUCCAUGAUGCCAGUAUUGGUAAUUCAAUUAAUAUUAUCAUCACAAGAUUAGUAUUGUUGUCAGAAGAUCAGUCUGGAUUAGAAAUAAGUCAUCAUGCUGAUCGUUCGUUGGAUAGUUUCUGUAAAUGGCAACAGACGAUAAAUGGACCAGAAGACAGAGAGAGUGGUAAUAGAAAGGGCAUUGCUCAUCAUGAUAAUGCUGUAUUGAUAACUAGAUUCGACAUUUGUACUUACAAAAAUAAACCAUGUGGAACAUUAGGUUUAGCACCAGUAGCUGGUAUGUGUGAAGAAGAUAGAAGUUGUAGUAUAAAUGAAGACAUUGGACUAGCAUCAGCGUUUACAAUAGCACAUGAAAUUGGACAUAAUUUUGGGAUGCAUCAUGAUGGAGCUGGCAAUCCAUGUGGUACACCAGGUUAUGAGAGAGCUCGCAUUAUGGCAGCUCAACUCACAAAAGAUACAAAACCUUUUCUCUGGUCCAGUUGCAGUAAGGAAUACAUUACUAGUUUUCUUGAUUCAGGCCGUGGGCAUUGUCUGAAGAAUGUUCCACCUCAAAGAGAGUUCAAAUUUCCAGAACAACUAGCAGGACAACGUCAUGGUUCUAAUCAACAGUGUAAAUUGCAGUUUGGCUCAAAAUCAAAAGCUUGUAAUCUGAAGAAUGUAUGUACUGAGCUGUCAUGUAUUGAUAAAAAAGGAGAAUGUGUAACUAACAGUAUACCAGCAGCAGAAGGAACAACAUGUCCAUUAACAUCUAAAAAACGAGGAUGGUGUUACCGUGGACAGUGUAGACCACCAUAUUUCACACCAAGACCAGUUGACGGUAAUUGGGGAGGAUGGUCAGAAUGGGGAGAAUGUUCCAGAACGUGUGGGGGAGGAGUAUCAGCUAGUCAUAGAAACUGUAGCAAUCCAGAAGCUCGUCAUGGUGGAAAAUAUUGUACAGGAGAAAGGAAGAGAUACAGAUCAUGUAAUAUUGUGGACUGUCCAGAAGAUGCCAUUGAUUUUAGGGAACUACAAUGCAACAAUUCGAACAAUGAAAUGUUCCGAGGCAGACAUUACAUAUGGAAACCAUACACAGGAGUUCAGGUAAAACCUUGUGCAUUGAUCUGUAUGGCUGAUGGUUAUAAUUUUUACACGGAGAGAAAUCCUAAAGUAUUAGAUGGUACACCAUGUUAUCCAGAUAAACGAGAUGUAUGCAUUAGUGGUGAUUGCCAUAAAGUAGGAUGUGAUGGGUAUUUAGGGUCUAGUUUAAGAGAGGAUAAAUGUCGUGUUUGUGGUGGUGAUGGUACAACUUGUAAAACCAUAUCAGGUUUAUUUGAUAAACCAUUACCUAAAGGAACAUACCAUGAAAUAGUGAAAAUACCAAUUGGUGCCAUGAAUGUAAAGAUUACUGAAGCAGUCUUUUCACGUAACUACCUAGCCAUCAAGAAUGAAGGUGAUCGGUAUUAUAUUAAUGGUGACUGGACAAUCGACUGGCCACGUAAAUUUCCAUUGGCAGGAACAGUAUUUCAUUAUCAAAGGGAGGAUGACAAAUCUGAAAUAUUAGAAGCCAUUGGUCCAACAGGAGAAGCUCUUAUUGUCAUGAUGUUGAUGCAAGAAGAGAAUAAAGGAGUGAAAUAUGAAUAUAAUUUACCAUUUAAUAAAUCUUAUACCAAUCAUGAUAUAUCAUUAUAUACCUGGGAUCAUUCACCAUGGUCAGCUUGCUCUAGAUCAUGUGCUAAAGGACUCCAUAUUUCUACUCCUAGAUGUACUCAUAAAAUUAAUCUUAAUAUUGUCAGUGAUAGAUAUUGUCAUCCACAACCUCGUCCUAGUGAUCAUAAAAAAGUCUGUAAUCAUCAACCAUGUCCACCAACAUGGACAUUUAGUAAUUGGGGUGAAUGUAGUCAGUCAUGUGGUGGAGGUUUACAGAGUAGAUCAGUUGUAUGUGAUAGAUUAGUAGGUGAAGAUGAACCUAAAGAAGUAUUAGAUGAUACCGAGUGUCUAGAUAAUAAACCAUCAGUCGAUAAAACUUGUGGAGAAAUAGAAUGUCCUUCCGUUUGGUUUACUGAUGAGUGGUCCAAGUGUCGACCAAGUUGCGGAGCAGGGUCUAAAACAAGAAGAGCUUUUUGUAUGACCAGUGAUGGCAAAACAUAUUUAGAAGAAAAAAAAUGUAGUUUAAAAGAGAAGCCAGUUACCACCAAAGUUUGUAGGAAUGAAAAUUGUCCACCACCGGAAUGGGUAAAAGGAGAAUGGGGAGAGUGUUCAUCAGAAUGUGGUACAGGUCAUCAGAGAAGAAAUGUACAAUGUCGAUCACCAGAGGGUCAACCUAGUAAGAACUGUGAUAGGAGAAAGAAACCCAUAACCAUAACAACCUGUGAAACGAAGUGUGAAGAUGAGGAUGAUGAUGAUGAGUGUGUAGACAAAUAUAAAGUAGCUUAUUGUCCAUUGGUGCUAAAGUUUAGAUUCUGUAAUCGUGAAUAUUUCCAAAAAAUGUGUUGUUUAACCUGUUUAAAACAUGCAAAAAGAGGAUAGAUCAGGAGCAGAAUAGACAUAGUGUGAUCAUCAAACAUUUAGUGUGACAAUAAACAGUUGAACACAAACUAUAUAUAGAUGGAUAUUAUUUUCAUAUUCUAAUUUAUUUAAAAGUAUUAAGGAUGUAUUUAUGUGAAUUAAACAUAGUAUAUUAUAUAUUCUGUAUUGUAAGGUCACUGCAAACACCAAGUUCAGCACUCCAUUUUGGACCACAGGUUUUUGAAGACAUUCUAGUACCUGGUUGUAGAAUAUACCUAUAACAUAUUACAUUUUUUUCUUGGGCGAAAUUGAUGCCAUUUGCUUGAUAAGACUAAAGAAUCCUUUUGAAAGGUUAAACAAUAAAUUUUUUCCAUAAAAUUGUAUUCUGUGUGCAGGGCCAUCGUAACAGAAUUAUAGAACCUUACCUACACAACCACUGACAGGAAUGAAAAUGUAAAUUGUGGAUAAGACUGAAAAAUAUUAACUGUAUUGGUACUUCCAAGAAAAUCAAUGUUUAGUUUAAACAUUAAAAAAUAUGCUGUACAGCAAAGUCACAACAUAAAUAGAGUAGCAUGGGGCCCUUAUGCUUCUGAGGCCCCCGGGCAAGUGCCCAGCAUGGCCAUGUGUUAAGAUGAUGCUGUCUGUGUAGACCAGGUAGUACCUAGAGUAAAACCUGUGAUUCAGACGUCUUGAAAUUGUUUGAUUACUAUAUAAUAGUACUGAAAUACUAGUAUAGAUUUAUUAUAUGCCAUUUUUUAAAGAUAUAUUAUAACAAACAAUUGAGAUUCUAAAUACAUUAUUAUAGCUUGGCAACAAGCGGUAGCUCACAUUCGUAAUCAAAUGGCCAAAUUGUGGUUGAUCAUAUGUAUAAUUACCCGAUUUACUUUAUUUUUGGCUUAUUAUGCAAUUUGGGUCUACUAUUUUAUAUUACUUAUCAUACUUUCAGAUGAAAAUAUCUUUGGUGGGCCUAAUUUUGCUGAAAGAUACCUAUAUAUUAAUAAAUAGAAUAUAUCAUUUUUUAUAUGUAUUAUAUACAUGUAUAGGUAUAGUAUCAUUUAUAGAAUCAUAGGCUAAAUUUGUUAUAGAACGACCGAAUAGAGGUGCAUUUAGAUGCUGUAGUAUUACUUUUUGUAAUGGCCCAUGCAGGACCCGACUUACCAUCAAUUAGAGCUAAAUUUGUAGUAAUGUUUUUUAAAGAUAUUAUAUUCAGUAUUAUAUUUAUAUUUAGUGUGUAUAA